AUGAAAUCCACAUUCAAUUUGAAUGAUUAUUUAAACACAUUUACAUCAGUAUGGAAAUUAUUACAAGAAAAUUUAGUGAAUAAAUUAAAUGAAUUUUUAACAGCUGAAAAACAACAACAAAUUGACGAUAGUUUAAAGUUAAUUAGUUAUCUUAUUUCAAUCAUUGGUUAUAUAGUGAUCACAUUCAUCAUGAUAUUGAUCACAUUAAUUUUAGUCUAUUGUAUUUUGUAUACAGUUGAUGCUUAUGACAGGAAAUUAUUUAUGCAUCAAACUAACUUAAAAUGUAAGUUUAUGAAUUAUUAG